AUCUCAUUCAUUUCUCUUAUUACAGUUAAUAGACACCAAAAAUAUCACACACAAACUAUAGCACCCUCCUCUCUUUUCUCCUCUCGGUAAACAGUUUCUGUUACCAUAUCUAUGGGAAAGGGAGGUACCUCAUGGUUGACAGUUGUAAAGAGGGCCUUCAGGUCUCCUACCAAGGACAGUGAGAAAAAGAGCUGCAGGAGGAGAGAAGGAAAUGAGCAAGAAGAAGAAGAAAAGCAAAGAGAGAAAAGAAGAUGGUUGUUCCAGAAACCUACUAAUAAUGCACAACAGUGUGAAGCAAAGCAGGUAACAAACACCACUCAGUCUGCCAAUCCUAUUAUGGAUGCUGAGCAAAGGCAUGCAAUUGCAGUGGCAGCGGCCACUGCAGCAGCGGCUGAGGCAGCUGCCGCAACAGCCCGAGCGGCAGUGGAGAUCAUCCGGCUGACUAGGCCCUCCGAUUCAGUUACAGAAAAAUAUGCUGCUACAGUCAUUCAGACUGCGUUCAGAGGCUACCUGGCAAGGACAGCUCUGCGUGCACUUAAGGGGCUUGUGAAGCUUCAAGCUUUAGUUAGAGGACAAAACAUUCGCAAGCAAGUGAAGAUGACACUAAAAUGCAUGCAAGCUCUGCACCAAGUGCAGGCUCAGCUGCACGAUCAACGCGCAAGGCUUUCACAUGAGCUGAGCAGGAAGUCCAUGUUUGCCGAAGCCAACAACUUGUGGGAAUCCAGAUAUCUUAAAGACAUCCGUGAGAGAAAGUCAAUAUCCAGAGACGGAAGCUGCAGUGCAGACCACCGGAAUGACCGUGCACUUACACUUCAAGAACUGGAAGCUAUCUUGCAGAAUAGAAAGGAAGUAGCUGAAAAGCAUGAAAAGGACCUGGAGUACACUUUCAAUCAGCAGAUAUGGACAUCGGAUAGGGACCCAUAUGGUGGAGAUAAAAAAGAGAUAGAAGGAAGAACAAGCUGGCUUGAUAGGUGGACGACGACGAAGCAAUGGGAGAGCAGCGGCAGAGCUUCAACUCAUAUGAAGAUGGUCGACAUUGACACGUCCAAGCCUUGCAGUUGUUCCACUCCUAAUGUCAGAAAACUACAAUCACAAAAUCAUCAAGAAAAACUACCAAUCAUAUAUUCUGUUGCUUCUCCGCGUCACAGAGCAUCCUACCAUCAAGUGCCCAUCACGCCCUCUCCAACUAAAACGAAACCACUGCAAGUGCGUUCGAUGAGCCCUCGAUACCUAAAAGAAGAAAGAGGCACUAAGGCAGACACCCCAAGCUUGGGCUCCGCUAACUUUUUCAAUGGCAGUGUAAAGAGCUAUAGCACAGGUGUGUGUGCAGCUGCUGGCACCACGGUUGUGCCUAACUACAUGGCAGCAACCGAGUCUGCAAAAGCUCGGAUUCGGACUCAAUGUGCAUCAGGAUGGAGGGCCUCGACGCCAGAGAAGGAAAGAGGUGGAUCAGCAAAGAAACGCCUCUCAUACCCUAAUCCCGAGCCAUGCAAUAGUUUUAGCAUUGGCUAUGAUAGUUUAGGCCAAAACUUGAGAAGCCCCAGCUUCAAGAGUGUUCAAGCAGGAUAUGUUGGAAUGGAGCAGGAGUUUAUCAUGUCUUCACGUUAUACAGACAGUGUUGGGGGAGAAAUUUCGCCAUGUUCAACCACUUACCUAAGACGGUGGUUAAGAUGAGCGAAUGGGAAUCCAUGAGCAUAACUCGUGAACGAUGAAAGUGAUGACCGUAAUAAUCAAUCUGUUGCAUAAUGAUACAUCAGAAACCGAGGUCUGGGGAUAAUUAAGACUGGAACGUGCAGAGGAAGCAAUAAUAUGAAUUGGCGGACAAUUCCAAGUCUCUGUGGUGUGGUAGCUGGAGACACGAUGAGAUGGUUGUUCCAUCAAAACAGAGAUAUCACCCUGUCAUGGGACCUAGAAUUUGUAAUGAGCUAGGCUGCACAUGUUCUUAACUCAUUAUGAUGUGAGAAGAAAAUUUAAUUAUACUUUUGUCAGUUCUCUAUAAUGUCGGUGAUGGAGGCAGUUGAGAAUGAUUUUGUAACACCCUCUUGAAAUGUUUGAAUAAAAUUUCGUUUUUGCCACAACAAAAAAAUAAAAUAAAUAAAUAAAAAUCAAGGUUAUGGUUGUUUUCUAACCAAAUGUAGAAGCUAGGAUUGCAAUCUACAAAUAAAUCUUCUUGACAAAAAAAAAGGCUCUACAUUACCUUUCUAUUACCUAAUUUACACAGGUGAUUUGAGACCAUCAAAUGGAGCAUUAUUAUUGUAUGAUUGCUGGUUUCAUAGAAAUGAACAGUGGUAGUUUUUGAGACAAUCAAGUAAAAUUACCUAUGUUUUACUGAAUACUACCAAAAUUAAAAUGAACAAAGUAAGAUAAAUGCAGCAAGUUCAUAUCUUGACAACCAUAUCUAAUAUCUCAAAUAGACUUUAAACAAAAUUUACUUUUAGUAUUAAAAAAAAAAAAAGAAGACUAGAU